AUGCUAACUGGCUAUAACAUUUAUCGCAAAGACAGGGUUGGAAGGACUGGCGGAGGCGUUUUAAUUGCUGUGAAGUCUGACAUUAGGUCCACUCAUCGACAAGACCUUGAGAGAGACAAUGUUGAACUUGCUGUUGUUGAACUGAUUAAGGAUAACAGUAAGUCAGUUAUUCUCUAUACUGUUUACCAUCCCGAACCUGGACCAGAAGACUUGCACAAGCUUAAUUUGUCUCUACAAGGAACUCCUGAAUCAGCGUGUGUCGUAGUUGUUGGUGACUUUAACCUUCCCUCUCUAACUUGGUCACCUGAUGAAUCCGCCCCUACUAACAUCGGCGGGUCUCAGGAGGACAAUGAAUUCUGCGUCCUAACAAAAGAUAACUUCCUCACUCAAUUCAUUAAAGGCCCUACUCAUAUAGCAGGAAACAAACUCGACUUGCUUCUCUCCAACUGUCCGGAAGUUAUCGACCACGUCUCCACUUCUACUCCAGUGGAAAGUAAUUUCCCCUCUGAUCACUACCUAGUAGAUUUCUUUAUACGGCUGAAGUUCAAGCGAGCAAAGCGUGUGCAACGUAAAGCGUACAACUACAAGAGAGCAGAUUUCGAGGCCCUUCGUAACCGUCUGCAGCUUAACGCAUUAGACAUGUCCGUCUCUGAUGAUGUUGAUCUCUACUGGUUUCGGUGGAAAGCAUUAUUUUUAGCUGCAGUAGAAAAAUGUGUGCCUGUUAAAGUUAUAAAAGACACAAACUCUCCUCCAUGGAUUGAUGGAGAAAUCAGGCACCUCCUGCGCAAGAAAUAUCGAGCUCUCAAAAAAUACCGCGAAAAUAGAACUGAACAACGCAAACGUAAACUUAGAUCUCUAAGUAAUGACAUCAAAAUCCUU